GUGAGAAACAUGACAUAGAAUGCUCGAAUUGACAGUCUGGCGUCAAAAUUGUCAUGCGCACCGACCGUUUUUUCCAACUAUGUCGGCUUAGAAAUUAGAAGUAGGGUUUAUGUCACAAAGUUAUCCAGUUUAAUAUCAAGGUCGGUGGUUCUUCAAAAAAUGUAAAAUGUUCAACUAAAAUAAAACUUCUACAUGACAUGGUCUAAAGAUAUCCCUUAUCCUUGCCCUUAGCACACGAUAAAUAAAUAAAUCACGUUUUUUAACAUUUUGCAGCAAAUUCUUCUUUGGUAUUUUCGCCUCCAACUAUUUUUAUAUACAGCCACCGUGCCUAGUACGCUGUGGCAGGAAACUGCAGAUGGAUGGAAGUUGAACUUUGCUUAAAUAUGAAUACAGCCAACUGUUUUUAUUAUUAUAGGGGAGAUAGGGGCAGAUUCUCGUUUUUGAGUUUACACAAUCCUUCCUCCAUGGUUUACACUUUUUCUUUUUUAUCACAGCAACAGCACGGGUUACAAUUAAAAUAAAAUGUAUUUUGUGGUACAUCUUUAAUAUCCUAAGCAUUUAUUUGAAUAAACAAAUACAGUCAUCUCCAUCUUGAGGCAAAGAGUGCUUAUCUUGAACAGUGGCGGGUUCUUCAUAUUCUACAAGAAAAAUCGAAUCUAAUUUUUUUUUUUUUUAAUAUUGAUAAAGAAUCAUGAAGUUCAGAUUUUGUGGCGAAGCAGAUUGCCCAGACUGGGUCCUUGUCGAAAUAAAUACACUUUCAAGAUUAUCAUCCAUUAAAUUGAAGUUAUUAGCUCAAACAGUUACACAGGGCUUAAUAAAUCCUCCGAUAGACAUACAGAAGGCCGAAAAAUUAUUUUCAGAAUCGAAAUUAGAUGCCGAUAUUGAUUUAAAAGCAUGUAUAGCUUGUAUUAGUUACAUACUAACUUCAGCGACUAGAUUUAACUGUGAUAGUAAUGCUUUACAAAAUGAAUUACAGCAAUUAGGACUACCUAGAGAGCACAGUACAUCCUUGAAAAGAGUUAUAGACGAUCAAGUGGGCGCUCUAACUGAAAAAUUCAGGCAAGCUAGUCUUAGGGUCAAUGCUUUGGAACAUUUUAGUGCUUCUGUAGAUCAGGAGUUGAAGUGUGCCAUUCUAGAUCUAAAAAUUGAUGGAGAAAUUCAACAAGUGACUGUUACUCCACACUUGCUUAAUGUUUUGCUGGAGAAUUUGGAGGAGGUAAGAAAAACUAUGGUGGAGUUAAAAGAAGCUUCUUGACACAAGGGAUAAGCAUACACAUGAUUUUAUAAUUAAACUACUAUAAUAAUCGCAGUAGGUAUUAAUAUAUUUACCUGUUAUUUGGAAUCUUGUCCUUUUUUUGACUGGAUGUGCUGUAAACAAAUAUAUAGUUAUUAUUUUAAUCAGAUAGUGUAG